AUGGCUUCGACUCAUCAAUUCCUGCUGGAUGAUCAAACGGACGAGGAUUUCUUCGACAAACUUGUUGAUGAUGCCUAUUCUCCCAGCGAGGCUCACGCUUUAUCUUCUGCUCAACAGCUAAACUUCAACGAUGGAAGUGACUCCGAUGACACCAGAGCUUUUGCGAAUCUCCCCGUAGUGGAGGAUUGUGUUGGUGAUGGAAAUGGAGCACUGAAUGAAGUAGACCGGAAGAACGAUGUUGCAAUCAAGGGGGCAAUUAGGUCGCUAGGAAAAGAAGAGCCUUCAUCUAUUUCUCUGGAAGAUGUCCAAUUUCUCCACACCGGUGCAAAUAAGUUUACAGACGAUGUGCUGAAAUCGGAGGUGGAUGAUAUGCCACUAGCUGAAACAUCAAAAGAAAGCAAUGCAAUUGAUGGAUCUGGGAGUCCCAUGGUAAAGGAGGUUGAUUGGGGCUCUUUUUAUGCGGAUCCAUCUGUAAAUGACGUUUGUGGGUUUGGUUCAUAUUCUGAUUUCUUCACCGAGUUAGGGGGAUCUACAGAAAAUCUACAGGGAAAGGCUGAAAUAGAUGUGGCCAAUGUAGGAAACUUAGUAUCCAAUGAUACAAAGAACAUGGGUAUUGGUUUAGAUAAUUCGGCAGGUUUUGAGCAACAUCAGGGUGAUGUGAACCACGCUUCUGCAAGUGGGCAGUGCGUGGAUAAUCGUCAAUCUUGGGAAAAUCUCUAUCCUGGAUGGAGAUUAGAUGCAAUUACUGGCCAAUGGUACCAACUUGAUGGUCAUGAUGCAAGUAUAAUCUCACAAGAGGGCUAUAACAACUCAACGAGUAACUGGGAAAGCGGUGCUUCUAUUGAGACCUCGGAUGUUGCUUAUUUGAGUCAGAGGACAACACAUGUAGUGGCUGGCACAGCUGAGAGUGUGUCCACCUGGAACCAGGUUUCACAAGUGAGCAAUGGAUAUCCAGAACACAUGCUCUUUGAUGCCCAGUAUCCAGGGUGGUGCUAUGACACAAUUGUUAAAGAAUGGCUCUCCCUGGACAGCUACAACCAGGCUUCUCAAACAAGUGGAUCUGGUCAAGCUUAUGGUCAUCAUGUUGAGAAUGAUCAUGCUAGCAUGUAUAAUGUUAACGAUGAAAGACACAUAUUCAAAAUGCAAGAGGUUGGUAUGCAGAGCCAACAGGGAAGCUGA